GAUUCGGGCCUGCUGCUGUCACUCAGCAAGACUUGAACAGACCAACCGCGAGUGGCGUCCGGGGGCUUGACAGACCCCAGCACACAUACACUGCACAGCCAGACUACAGCGAUGAGCGCCCAGCAGACCAAAGCUCUUGAGGGAGCGGAGCUCAAGGAGGCCAUCAAGCGCCAGGUAGAAUUCUACUUUUCCCGAGCCAACCUGGCCAACGACGCCUACCUCGUCUCGCAGAUGAACUCGCAAAUGUAUGUGCCGGUAGAAGUCAUCAUCAACUUCUCCAAGAUUACGCAGCUCACAGACAACACGGCGCUGCUGGUCGAGGCGGUGCAGGAAUCUACGGUCUGCUCUCUGAACUCGUCUAAGGACGCUAUCAAGCCCAACAUCAAAUCUGAGCGCACUACCAUCAUUCUGCGCGAGAUCUCGUCCUCAACUAAGCCCGAGGAGGUGGAGGCCAUUUUUGAGGGAUGCGGCAAGGUCGCCAGUGUGCGCAGCGACGUCGGUGACACGUGGUUCGUCACUAUGAACUCAGAGUCCGAAGCUGUGAGCACACUGCUGGCUCUGCGCAGCAAGACGUUCAACGGCGCUGCGAUUAAAGCCCGUCUUAAAUCUGAGAACGUGCUCAAGUCCUUUUACCCCACACAGCCCGCAGAAAACGUCAUUGCUCCCAGUGUGGGUGCCCCGUACGGUGGACGUGGCUACUACGCCUCGCCCAACAUGGGCUACUACGACAACUACGGCGUCCAAUACAACACAGUGAACCCGCGUGCGGGUCAGCACCACAACUACAGCAACGGAGCUGAGAACAGCCGAUAUGCCGGCAACAACCAGCGUGGUGGAGCUGUCGCUGGCCGUGGACAGGGACGUCAGAACCGAUCAAACGGCGCUGGAGUUCAGCAGCAGAAGGAGGGCCGUGCGAAGAGCGGCAGCUUUGAACAGAGAGGACCUGGCAGCGCUCGUAAGAGCAAGGACAAGCGCUCAAAGGCUGAGAAGCACGCAAACAACAGCAGCAACGGAAAGAAGACUGCUGCUGCUGCUCCCGCUGAGCGUCAGCCAGUGAUGAACGCGGCGAACUUUCCUCCACUCCCGACAGCCCAGGAGAAGGGCGAGGUGUCGAACGUCAUCACGUACAAGUACGCUCACGAAGACAUCAUGGAAAUUGUUAAGAACAUGGACGACAAGGACUGCACGUUGCCUGAGGGAAAGAUGGACUACGCUGUGCACCCGGCGGCUCUGACGGCUGAGGCACACCCUGAUCUGCUGCGCAACCAGCGUACAUACAGUAUUGAACAGGCUCGUGAUGCUAUGCGCCAGGGACGACCGAUCCGCAGUGACUCGGUGGGCUCUAUUGACUACGAGAGCAUGAUGUACGGUGAGGACUACACCAAGGAGGCUCGUGAACAGCGCAAACAGAAGACGGAGAGCGCACCUGCUUCCACUGAUGCCGCUGCGGCGGUUAAGCCUGCUGCUUCGGCUGCACCGGCAUCAACCAAGUCGGCUCCAGUUCCGGCGAAGGUUAUCGGCUACGCUGCGGCUGUGAUUAAUGGUACCCCGGCCCCGGCGCCUGAGCCCAAGAAGAAGCAUCCUGCUGCCAAGACGGCCACCAAGACUGUCUCCAAGGAGGAGAAGAAGGUCGUCAAGAAGACGACCAAGACUUCUGAGAACUCGCCGAAGACGGCUGCUGCUCCGACGGUGGAUGAGUCUUUGCCGAAAACCGGCGCAUGGGGUGGCCGCAAUUUCCUCGAUGUGGUAAAGGCUGACCCGCCUGCUGCGCCUGUGAAGGCGACGGCGGCUACUCCCGCGAGCGAAAGCGAGAGCAAGUAGACAGGUGGUGCAUUGGCGAGGAGGGCGGGGAGGCUGUGGUGGUGCGUGGUUGAUUGGGCGAGGAAGCACGCGUUUGAUCUGGGUCCUGGUCUGGUAGCGGCGCGCCUGGAGGUGGUGGUGUUUUUAGCUGCAGCUUUCGGUGUUUCGCCGACUGCUGAGUUGGUUGGUCAGUUGGGUUUGCCGAGUGAGUUUGAAAGAAACAAUGAAACAAGACGGCCACUGACUGGAACAAUGCUGUGUGACCCGGGGCCUGGUGAUGGCGGAGACGUUGAGGACUCGGCUGUCGUUGUGUUCUCUGCAUUUUGGAUAUUUUUUAUACAUGGAUUUGCUGGCGAGCGUGCUCGUUCGUGACAGAGUGUACGGGUGUUUGCUUCGCUCUCCACGCUGUCAGCGCGCACGGCUACACCAGGCGUGCUCAGGCGAGGAGAAAAUUCAAAGGUGCGGUCUAGAGUUGAGGCCUCGAGUGUUUGUGCGCUAUUAGAGAGUCGAACUGGAUGCCGUAGCCGACAUGCAUACCACGACAGCAAUAACGAAAUAGACUUGGGUACGAGGACCUGGCGACC